AUGGAACAGCAAUUGGGGCAAGUAUUAUCUCAAAUGUUAGAAACUAUUCGAGGAAUUCAAGUACAACAAGCGCAAUUACAACAACAAUUACAAAAUACGGAUAAAUCGUAUAAGAACACAGUUAUUGAAGGAAGAAUCUUUGUAAUUGACCGCGAAGUAGACACCGUAGUUGGAAGAGAAUGGCUUAGAAAAUUGAACUUAAAUUUUGAAUUAAAUACAAUAUACAAAGAAGAACAAGACAUAACAGAGAAAGAAUUCAAAUAUAAAUUACAAACAUUAUUAGAAGAAUAUAAAGAGUUAUUUACAGAAGAAAUAGGUGAAAUUAAAGAUUAUCAAGCAGCAUUUAAAUUGAAAGAAGGUUCAGUUCCAGUUUACUUAAAGCCACGCCCAGUACCAUUUGCAUUGAAAAAUCAAGUAGAGGCAGAAAUUGACAGAUUAGAAAAAGAAGGCAUAUUAGAAAAGGUUACAUACUCACAGUGGGGUACACCAAUUGUCCCCGUGUUGAAACAUAAUGGAAAGGUACGACUAUGUGCCGACUACAGAGCUACAUUAAAUAAAAACCUAGAGAAUGACAAUUAUCCAAUUCCCCGAGUUGAAGAGAUAUUUUCAAAGCUCAGCGGUGGUAAAUAUUUUUGUACAUUGGACAUUAACCAAGCGUAUUUACAUAUGAAGACAAGUGAUGAUACAGCAGAGAUGCAAGCCAUAAGUACAUGUAAGGGCACAUACAAAGUAAGAAGACUGAUGUUCGGUGUGAAAAUAGCACCAAAUGUUUGGCAAAGAUACAUGGAUCAGACACUACAAGGAUUAGACGGUACAGCUUGUUUUUUCGAUGAUAUCGCUUUACAAGGACAUUCAUACAUACAAUUACUACAAAGAAUCCGAAAGAAAGAUACAAAAUUUAUAUGGAAUAAAGAAUGUGAACAAGCAUUUCAAGAGUUGAAAAAUGAACUAUGUGGAGAAAGAGUACUUAUACCAUUCCAUGAGAACUUACCUGUCACAUUAGCUACAGACGCAUCUCCUACAGGAUAUGGAGCUGUUUUAUCACACAUUAUGCCGGAUAAAACUGAACGACCUAUAGCAUUUGCAUCAAGAUCUUUAACUAAAGCAGAAAAAGGUUACAGUCAGUUGGAUAAAGAAGCAGCAGCUCUAGUAUGGGGAUUAAAGAAAUUUUUUCAAUAUUGUUACGGCAGGAAGAUAUUACUCAUUGUAGAUAAUCAACCAUUAGCUAGAAUUUUACACCCAGAGAAAGUUACACCAGCUACAACAGCCAUACGACUAGUACACUAUGCAAACUUUUUAGCAGGAUUUGACUAUGAGAUACGAGUAAGGAAGACUACAGAACAUGCGAAUGCCGACUAUUUUUCAAGAAUACAAUAUACAGAUACAACUGAUAGGAAUGAGACAAUGACAGACGAUGAAGCGUUUUACCUAAAUCAAAUUGCAGAAAUGCCAGUUUCAUUAAAGGAAAUAAGAGAAGCUACAGCCACUGACCCUGAGUUACAAAAAUUAUACAUAGAGAUACAGUCAGGAAGAGAAGAUACAGGAAGACUAUACGAAUAUUCGUUACAAAACAAUUGCAUAUUUUAUGGCAUAAGAAUUGUAAUACCUAAAAAAUUACAACCUCAAAUAUUAAAAGAACUACAUACAGCUCACACCGGUAUUGUGAAGAUGAAGGCGUUAGCCAGAAGCUACGUCUGGUGGAAGAAUAUAGACAUGGAUAUAGAGAACAUGGUAAAGCAAUGUAAAACAUGCUGUUUAAUGAAGAACAACCCUACUAAAGUACCUAUACACAUCUGGGAAUAUCCGAAAGAACCAUGGAGUAGAAUUCAUAUUGAUUACGCAGGACCAUUCAUGAAUCAAUAUUUUCUUAUUGUGGUAGAUGCCUACACAAAAUGGUUAGAGGUAAUACCUACUACUUCUAUCACAGCUACAGCUACUAUUAAUAUUUUAAAGAAAAUCUAUACUACGUUUGGCUUACCAGUUACCCAAGUAUCUGAUAAUGGAAGACAAUUUAGAUCAGAGGAAAUGUUAAGAUUUUUAAAGGAAAAUGGAAUUCAAGCAAAGUUUACAGCACCAUUUCACCCAUCUACAAAUGGUCAAGCAGAAAGAUAUGUACAAACGGUUAAAAAUAAACUUAAAGCAAUGAUGAACGAAGAAGGAUCUGUACAAGAUAAGUUACAAAGAUUUUUAAUGAUGUAUAGAAAAACACCUAAUAGCUCUACAGGGCAGAGUCCAGGAGAAAUGAUGUUUAAAAGAAUAUAUAGAACAAGAAUAGAUUUAGUGAAAAGAAAACAAGAAGUUAGAGAUUGCAACAAUGAAGAAUUAAAGGUAAACAAAGAGUUUAAACCAGGGGAUAGAGUACAAAUAAGGAUGUAUGAUAGUAACAAAUGGAAAUUUGGAAGAAUAUUAGAGAGGAAAGGAAAAUUACAUUACGAGGUGGAAGUAGAUGGAAAGAUACAUCACAGACAUAUUGAUCAGAUAAUAAAGACAUCUUGUUUGAGUGAGAACUUUAAUACACCAGAUACUUACCGACCAAUGUACCUGCAAGAGAAUUCACCUACACCAGCUUCACCUGAAAAAGAAUGCAUACAACCUAGCCCUACAGUAAUAUUACAUACAAGUCCUACUCGAAGAAGAUCAUCUACACAGCCAGUAGAAAGUCCAGGAAAUUACCAACCAGAAAACCUUGUACCAGAAACAAUUCCAGAUACACAUGAACCUACACCGUCCAGAAUUGAAAUCCGUCGUAGUACUAGGAUGAGAAGACCUCCAAACAGAUUGAACCUUUGA